AUGUUGGGCUCUACAACGCGGCCGCAACAGGGCUCGCGACUACCCAGAUAUUCUCUUCCUGCUUCCUGUAUCCCUUUCUUCCCAGCUUGCAGCAACACUACGAAUACCUUUUAUAGCACCAUGACGCAACGCGAAUGCUUAAGCGAUACCCACCGAUGGGCAAAGUGCCUUGCUUCCGACACAAAUCAGACGAGCCUGCGCGCUUGGUCACGGAUCCCCGCCACGUCGAAAACGGUCAAUAACUUUAGCGGCACGAUUAUGAAGCGGAUUGGCCUCCCGUCGCGUCGAAACCGCCGGCCGGCGCCGCCAAAGGCCAUCGAGCCGAAACCGACGUCCCAGCUCCAGCAGCCAGCGCGUCGAGUGCGCAGACGACUUGAAUCUUAUGAGCCAAGCACCGAAACAAUAUCUUUAAAGGCCGCGGCCAUGUCACGACUUGAAAUCGCCAGCUUGAAAAUGAAGGCCUUGUCCGACGUUUCACAAUGCAUUCAACUACGGCCGACAAAAUUAACCCUCCAACAUCUCCAGCAAAGCAGGUUAGGCCGAUAUGUUCAGGUUGUCCCGCUGAAGCGGAGGCAUGACGAGUCCGCCGCGGAUGGAAACCACUUGUCCACAUACGCACAGUGCCAGAGCGGUAGUGCCGAUCUGUUCUUGCGUAGAAAGUCUGCCGUAUUCGCUACACCCAAACGAAUCAACGCCAACGUCCACGGCCCCAGCUGCACAAAGUCUCCCAUGUCGAGCGAGAGACCAGUUCUCUCACCGGCUGGCAUCUCACCGGCUGGACAGCUGCCUAUGGCUGUCACGGUGCUUCAACAAUCCAUAUCACCAACCAAGAUUGAGACGAAGCAGUCGAGUCCCCUCAAGCUUAAGCCGCGUCGAAUCAGCGAAACGGUGGUAUCGUUAUCACCGGUGCUUGGACCCGUCAAGGCAGAGCCUUCGCCUAUUAAACCAGCUUCACCAGCAAACUCACCGCUCAACUCGGCGCAAAAGUGUGCCAACUCACCCAGCGCUAUUGGAAGCGGUCUCCGCGUCGUGGCAAACGCUCCUGUCGAUCUCAGCCAAUCCCCAGUUGCAGCAGCGACACCAUGCCCGAAGCCUGUCUCACAAACAUUGUCUAUGGAACAACCGUCACCUUCCAAAUCAUCACCCGCCACCCACCAGACGCCAUCCAAGCCUACCGCGAUCAAACCAUCAACUCCCAAAAUCUUCAACCUCGACCUUACAGCCGAUGCCCCGAGUCCUCUGGGCGCACUCUCUUUACUCUUUGCUAGCCCAACUGUCGCCUCACCAGCUCUUUCGCUCGGCACUCCCAAUAAGAACCCCGACUUCAAUUUCGGAAGCACAUCUCCCUCGUUCAAUUCAGUAUCAUGGCUUCAACACGCUGAAGCUUUCCCCGUCCGUGCUUUGAAGAAGGCCUCGCGAAGACUUAGUGAACCGCUGAUCCGAAACUGCUUCAAAUCAAGCAUGCGACGCCAGUCCAUGUCGCCACAAAAGCUCAUCUUCAACGCCGAAGUUACAUUUGACAAGGCUGCCUCGGAAGCUGUGUCGACCAAGCCUGCUAUUGACGCUAAGCCGACCAUUCCUACCUUUAAGCUGACAUCACCUGUGGUGGAAAAGGCCAACGUAGAGAGCCCGCUGAAGAAGACUGCCAAGUCAAGCAAGCGCAAGAGUGUUAGCUUUAGCGAAGACAAGGAAAACUUUGAAAGCGAGUGCCUGCCUACGAAUGAGGUGCUGAAUAUUGAUAUGCAUGAGAAUCCCGACAUCUUUGGAGCCAAGAGUACCCCCGUGUUGACCUCGCCAUCGACGAAGCCACUAUCGAGUAUUAGCGAGACUGCCGACGAGCCUGUAGUGGAAGUUCCUAAAGAGAAUACUCCAUCAAUUAAGGAUGCUGGUCUCGGAUUGGGACUUGUUGCUGCUUCGACGGAGGUCAGCGAGGUUAAGAUUUUCGACGAGGCUGAAGCCGAAGCUGAAGCAGAAGCGGAAGAGCCUGUGGUUGAAAAGAUGCCUACACCUCCUACCACGCGCAGCUCUUUUACUGCGGUAAAUAUUGUCGAAGACUCGGUUGCGAAGCUGUCAGAGCCGGUUCCUACGCCAGCCAAGGCUCAGGAAUAUGAUUACGACAGUCCAGGACGCGACUAUAUGCGCGAGUUUAUCAAGCGAUCGAAGCCUAAGCGAGCACUCUCAGCAACAGAAACGGGAUCUCCGAUGCCGGUUUCCACACGACGUCAGGCGUUGCAGGCCAAGAGCCCCAACACUGACAGCCCGGGUUCGAAUAAGCGAAAGAAUGGUGCCGAUGCAGAGGUUCAAGAGACGCCGCCAAAGAAGAACAAGCCUAACAAGGAGGGACCGUCUCCCAAAAAGGCCAAGACGCCCACUAAGAGCCCAGUCAAGAGCCCGUACCGAAGCCCUGCUAUGCGCGCAUUGGCAAACAACCCAGAGCCAGUCGAAGCUGGCGGCGAGGGAAAGUGGCUUUCCAUGCCAUCGGCAGCAGACGAUGCUGAUGUCGAUGAUGAUGACGAUAUUGAUGAGGAGGAUUUUGGCCUUGCCCCUCCAGAGAAUGACACACUUGUAUUAUCCCCUACCAGACGAUCUUCUCGCAUUCGCAACCAAGAACGACCCGUUCGCGCUGUACGACCCGCCCCUGUCAAGCUCGAGGCCGGUGACCAAGAUACCGACGUGCUUGGACGAACACCGGCACAAAUUACGCGGAUUACUCGCAAGAAUACCAAUGCCAACAUGAACAACGCGAUGCACGCUAAGCACGUUGUAGCACGGCUUGGUAGACAACGAGAUGCUGUUGACGAUGUCAAGCCUGUUCGAAAGACCAAGGUCGACGACCGCGUUGUCGGCUGGCUGUCACCUAUUGCCUCCUUUCAAGAGAUUUCGGCUCGUAAGACGAAGACGACCAAGAAGAUUGGGGAAGAUGAGGAUGAGGAAGACUGCGAGCCUGAGUCGCCUACAAAGCAGGUGAAGAAGGUUGUCGCGGCAGCGCCGAGAAAAGCCGGUACACCCAUUAAGCGACCCCCGACGCCGACGCCCGGACCGGUCAAGAAGGUGUCGGUGUCCAAAAUGCCCUCGGCCAAGGUUGCUUCGACAAAGGUCCCGACGUCCAAGGCCCCCUCUGCAUCUAAGGUCCCUGCGCCAGUAAAAGCUCCUGCUGCGUCGGUGGCCAAGGGUAUCCCGAGACCAGCCAAAGCGAGCGGCAUUGCGAAGCCGGUUGGUUCAGCAGCCGCAUCGCGGGUCAAGAAUGGAACACCGGCAAAGCCUCAGCGAGUCACGCGUGCCGGAUUGAGGAGAUAG